ACUUUACCGUAGAGUAUAUUCAAUUAGAUAUCAAAUUAAGAAUGUCUGACGAACUUGCACUCCCCCCUCCAAGCUUGGACGAGGAGAUUAUUUCCACCACGAGCUCAUCCUCUUCAUUUGUCCCGGUUGAGCUGCACAUCCAAGAUGCAAUUCAAGUGAUUAACGAACGUAAAGAAUUCAACAAUGAAAUUCUUGAGUACAUUAACACUGCUACUCCAUCUGCGGAAGUGGGAAACAAUUACCAUAUCAUUUCUGUGUUCGGCUCUCAAUCUACCGGUAAGUCUACUCUUUUGAACAAAUUGUUCAACACCAAUUUUGAUGUUAUGGAUGAAACUAAUCGUCAACAGACGACGAAGGGGAUUUGGAUGGCCUACUCACCUCAUAUUUCCAGUACCGGUGCUCAAGUAACGCCUCAAAAGCAACAAUUAAAGGAGAAUGUAUUUGUCAUGGAUGUCGAAGGUACUGAUGGGAGAGAAAGAGGUGAAGAUCAAGAUUUCGAAAGAAAGGCUGCUCUUUUCGCUCUUUCAACUUCAGAAAUUUUGAUUAUCAAUACAUGGGAAACACAAAUUGGGCUUUAUCAAGGUGCAAAUAUGGGAUUACUUAAGACUGUUUUUGAAGUUAACUUGUCGCUUUUCGGUAAAUCUAAAGUAAACAAUGCUUCAAAUGAUCAUAAGGUUUUACUUCUCUUUGUAAUUAGAGAUCAUAUCGGAGUUACUCCAAAGGAAAGUCUUGCAGCCACUGUGAAGCAAGACUUGCAAAAAAUUUGGGAAUCUUUGAAUAAACCUUCUGAAGUUGCACACCUCAAAUUUGCUGAUUUCUUUGAUGUUGGAUUUCAUACUCUUAGUCAUAAGGUUUUACAAGCUGAUAAGUUUUUAGAAGAUGUUCUGCUUCUUGGUGAUAAACUUGUUGAUCCUAAAAAUCCAGAAUAUCUUUUCAAGCCUUAUUAUCAUCAUAGUAUCCCAGUUGAUGGUUGGACAAUGUAUGCCGAACAAUGUUGGGAACAAAUCGAUAAUAAUAAGGAUUUGGAUUUACCAACUCAACAAAUUUUGGUUGCCAAGUUCAAGUGUGACGAGAUUUUGAAUGGUGUUUAUGAAGAAUUCCUUGAUAAAUUCCGUGGAAGAGUUCUUUCACAAGAGAUUAGCAAUGAAGUUGAAGUGGAUUACAAGGAACUUGGGUUAUUGUUUACAGAUUUACAACAUGAUACUAUUGAAGAUUAUGAUAUUUCUGCUUCAAGAUACAACAAAAAUGUAUUUGAACAAAAGAGAUUAGUACUUUUAGGUAAGAUCACUGAGAAAUUUAAAGAAGUUUUCGAUCAACAUAUGAAGAAUUUGACUUCUUCAACAGUGAAGCAAUUCAAAGAAAAAUUAACUUCAAAAAGAAAGAGAGCUGCUAAUGCUUCUACUGGAUCUGCUGAAUCAUUUAUUAACAUUGUUUCAGAAACAAAGUUAUCUUCAAUUCAAGAAUUUACUCAAAAGGCUAAAUUUAUCUCACUUGAUGGUAAAUUGGAUUUCAAGGCAUUUGAAAAUAAAUUAAAUACAAAAUUGGAAGAGGUUGUUAGCGGACAACAAGUUUCUGAGUUGAAUAAUUUUAUCAAUAAGGCAUUGAAAAAGCUUUCUAGCGGUAUGACCAAGACUGUGGCUGCCCAAUUGAGUGAACCUGAAGAACAUAGUUGGGACGCCAUCCUUGGAGUUUUCCACUCAUUGGUUGAUGAACCCUUAAAGAAGUUUGAGACUGUUGAUGGUAAAUAUGAUUUCCAAUUGGGAGCUUCUGAUGAAUUGAAUUCAAUUACUGCAACUACUUUUAAAUUUAAAGCAUGGACUAAAUUUUAUGAUGUUGUCCGUAAGUAUGUUUCCAAGGAAAAUCUCUUGACAAUUUUAAAGGAUAGAUUUGAAACCAAAUUUAGAUAUGAUGAAAAUGGUUUACCAAAGUUGUACCAAAAUGUUCAUGAAUUAGGGAUCAGUUUCAAGGAGGCUAAAGAGUACGCAUUAAAGGUUGUUCCAUUUGUUUCAUUUGCCAAACUUAGUAAUAGUAGUGCUAUUUUACCAGAAUUUGAUAUUUUCGAUAAGAAAUUAAAGCGGAAGUAUAACAAUUCAAACGGGUUGUCCAGUGCUGCAACUACAAUCGAACAACAUGUAUCUGAAGAUGAAGACGAUGAUGACGAGGAAGAUGAGGAAAAUACCUUUUCAGAGAUUAUCAAUGAAACAGAUAAGGCUGCUGUAUUGGCUAAAUUUAAGAGGGAAACUGAUGCUGUAUUUGUUGAGACAAACCGUUCCAUUGUUCAGCAUAUUACCCAGAUUCCAUAUUACAUUUACUUGAUCAUUGUACUUUUAGGAUGGAAUGAGUUUAUGGCUGUCAUCAGAAACCCAUUUACAUUCCUGUUGGCAUUGAUCUUUGGUGCUGGAUUUUACGUUAUGUGGACACUCAAUUUAUUACGUCCAGCAUCAAUUGUUGCGCAAAAGAUGGUUGAUGAAUGUAUUUUGUUGGCAAAGGAAAAGUUCCGUGAAUGGGUUGUAGAUGAACAUCAAACUCACGGAAGAAAUCUUGGAAAGAUAUCUGGAGGAAAUGAGAGCGAAGAAGAAAUCGAGCUCGACGAUCUUUCAAGGACCAAUAGUGAGUAGUAUUAAUAUCAUGGAUAUCAAUAUAUAAUGAAGAAAGAA